AUGGGAGAUUCAGAUGAUGCGGGGGAGCCCCAGUGUGCAACGGGGUCGCAACAAGAACAGCGACACCACCACCACCACCAACAGCCGCAACAGCUGCAGCCGCAACAGCUGCAGCCGCAACAGCUGCAGCAGCAACAGCUGCAGCACCAACAGCUGCAGCAGCAGCAGCUUCAGCAGCAACAGCUGCAGCAGCAGCGAGCGCCUUUGUUCCGUAGCAAAAGCAGCUCCAGCUCAUUUGGGGAAAGUUACACCUACCCGUUGCCACUGCUUUGCCCUCUCACUCAGCUGCCUCAGUUGCAGCACCAGCAAGGACAGCAACAGCAUCAACAACAGGAGCAGCAGCAGCAGGAUGACCAGCCUUAUGUUUCUCUCCGAUCGUCUCCAGCGCCAGUAGGGGAUUUGCAGCAGCAGCUGCUGCUACAAACUACGCUGCUGAGGCAGCAGACUUUCAGCCCAUGUACCAUGGGCAGCAGCAGCAAAUUGCUGCAGCAGCAACAACCGGGACGUCGUUCUGUUGUCCCAUCCGCUUCAGCAGCCGCCUCAUACUCACUGAAGCGGUCUGUUGCUGCAGGAUUUCCUGCUGCAGUGGCAGCAGCAUCAACCUCACCAACAGCAACAAGACACAAUGAAGCGACGGGGGUUGCGCCGCGCCUUGCUGCGACCACAGCAGACUCAGCGCAAGCAGCAUCAGCAGCAGCCGUGUUUAACAAGAUGGAUCCCUUGGAUAGGCCUGCUCCGUUGCAGGACGCAACAGCAACAGUUGCUGUUUCCUUAACAACAGCAGCAACGACUACAAUAGAGACAGGAGGGCCGCUAGAAGCUGCUGGUGCUUUCCCCGCAGUGAAUCAACCAAAGCCACACGCGCCUCUGGGUCAGCUAGGGUCCAUGCAUAGCACUGCAGCAGGUGCAGCAGCAGCUGCUGCUGAAUCAACAGCAGCAACAGUGGCUGCACCUGUCGAUUCCCCACAGUCGGAUUACACCAGUCCUUCCUCCUUGCAGCAGCAGUUGUUGCAGCGGCAAGCACUGCAGCAGCAGACCCCCCUGCACGUUUCAUCGGUGGAGCAGCAGCCGGUGCCUCUGCAGCAAUCAUUGCAACAGCAGCAACAGCAACAGCUUCGUCCGUCUUUGCCCGUCCCUGCUACGCCCCCCCCGCAAAUAUGUCUAAUAGGGUCUCGGCUGCUGGCUAUGAGGAGCCCGUGGGGGCUCUCAACAUCUGGGGUACUGCAGCGCAAUGGCAUAAAUGAGUUGCUGCUGUACCUGUCUGUGCUGCAGUCGCUGCUGCUGCCUGGCAGAUGGGGGGGCCUUAUGCCUCUGGGGGCAGCAGACUGUCUUGCGGCUGCUGCAGCUCUCCCAGCAGCAGCAGCAGCAGCCGCUGCUGCCGAAGGUCUCGCGCGCGCUGCUGCAGCAAUGGAAACACCCCUCUCUUCCCCACCGGCACAGAUACCGUGGCAACAGCAGCAACAGCUGCUGCUACUGCUGCCUCGACGCUUUCUGCAGCAGCUGCCCACAGCAGCAGACGGCUCUUCAGGCCUCACACAACUCAAUGGUCUGUACCGACACCUCCGGAGCGCCAUCUUGAAGCAGCUGCAGCAUCAGCAGCAAACUAGUGCCUGCGGGUUAGAGGAGUCUCUCGUGGCGCAGGCAGCAGAAGCAGCAACUGCUGCUACUGAGAGUGCAGCUGAGUUGGGGUUGCACGGAGAAGAUGCAGCAGCUUGGCCUCCUGUUGCAGCUGCCGUCGCUGCUGUAGAGGCGACCGCAGCAGCGGCGGCCUCUGCGGCCUCAGCCGCUGCUGCUUCUACUAUGUUUCCGCUUGCUACUACUGCAACGGAAGCUUCCGGAAGCCCGUCGUCUGUUUGGGGAGCUGCAGCAGCAAAUCCGUCAUCAGCAGCAGCAACAACCGGUGUCUCUGGAGCUGCGUCUGGGGACAGCAGCAGCUUUGAAUCAAAGCGCCGUGAGGCGCUGAGGCAGUUAGGGCGUCUGCUGGCAUCCCCCCCUGUUAUCGUUGUGUUUGAUAUAUACCCCAGAAGCAGCACCCGGAACAGCAGCAGCAACGGCGGCGGUGGCAGCAGCACCAGCAGCGCCCGCUGCGGCAUGCCAUCCUCCCCGCCCUGCAGCAACAGCACUAGCAGCAGCAGCUUGGCGGCUGAAUUCGGGGAGGCCUUUGGCUGGCAGAUCCUUGAGUUCAGUUUGACUGAAGUUGGGGCCCCUCCGCUGCAACUGCUGGUGGACUUCUGCUCCUCUCUGAGGUUCUGGCUACAGCUAGAUAGACACCUCAACUUGGCCGUUGUGAACGUACACCCCAAGAGCGGCUGCGGAGCUUUGCUGCUGCUUGCAUGCGCAGCGAUGGGCUGCGGCAGCAGCACGCCAGCAGCAGGCUGGGCCUCUCAGGAGCAGCUUCUGAAGAUGCUUGCCAACGCUUCCGUAGCUGCCCAAGACUGUACGUACCCUCCGAUAACUCAAAAGGCGAACAACAGCAGCAGUAGUAGUAGCAGCAGCAGCGCCGGUAGCAGCAGCAGCCAGAGGGGAGGGGGGGUGCUCCACUGGAAGCCUGCUGACCGCUGGCCGCCUUCUUGUCGCCGCUACCUGACCUACUUCGAGAGUCUGCUGCGCCAGUCCUCUGUGCGCUUGCUACGCUGCUGUUGCUUCUACUGCUGUUGCUGUCCUUUGCUUUACCGAGAAUUGGCUGUUGCUGUCGCUGCUGAAGUUGAUUUGCGGGACGAUGCUGCUGACCCCGCAGGCGCCCUUAUCCGCCAUCUCGCUCACAACACAUACACACUGACAACUCACAGGACGCCCGCAGCAGCGACAGCAGCCACAGCAGGUGCAUCUAUAGACAAUUUUCCUCUCGCCCACCCUCCACUGCUAUGCGGCAGCAGCAGCAACGGGAACAACAGCCUUAACAGCAACGGCCCUGAAUCAGAAGGAUACAUAUCUACCCAGCGGCUGCUUCCUGUUGCUGCCUCACAGAAGCUGCAUUCUCAGAAGCAACAGCCACAACGCCAGCAGCAGCAGCAGCAGGAGGAUGGAGUGGGGCGGUCGCAGCGGAAGGGGAUUGCUGGAUACUGGUUGAAGCAGCGCACGAGCGGACGGCCCCAACAACAGUCUGAGGGCCACAAAAGCGAACGCACGGAGAGCCACCCAUAUUUGCAGGCGCUGCGGGAGCAGGCGCGCCUGCUUCCGGACUCUUCAUCUGUAUCAUCGGCGGCAGCAACAGCAGCAGCAGCAGCGGCAGCAGCAAUCGAGAGCGCAAGCAGCCCAGAUGACGUGCCUUUGUUGCUGGACCCUGGGGGCCCCUUAGGCCACCUCGGGGCUUGCUGCGAGGCCUACGUCUCUUUGCCAGUAUCUGCACCCUGCCUCAGCAGCAAAAUCGCCUGCUGCUGCUCCCCUGUGUCUGCCCCUACUCAUGUGUCUUGGGGUGGGUCGGAAGCAGCAACGGCAGAAGCUCCAACUGCGGCUGCAGCUGCUACGGCUGAAGGCUGCAGCCCAGGCGCUGCUUCAGCGGAGUGGCCAGGAUCCCCGGAUGCAGCAGAUGCAGCAGAGGCUGCCGAUGUUGCACUUACUGCUGAAGAGGCUCUCGCGAUGCUACAGCAUCGGCAGCAGCAGCAGCACAUGCAGCAGCGAAGGCUGCAGCAACAGCACCAGCGCCAGCUCCACUCCCACUUUGCCUUACAAGCAUGUGCCCAGGACUACCAGCUAAUGGCUGCAGAUACCCUUCCGGACGGGUCGGCGUCAGCAGUGUUUGAUUUUGCACAUGACAGGAGCGGCAGCAGCCGGCAGUUGUUGCUGUCCGGAGACGUCUUAAUUGUCCUGAGACAGCUGGUACCAAGACUCCGGCCUUCCAGAGAAGGGGGGGCAAAUGCGGCGGCAGGGGCACAGCACCAGCAGCAGCAAUCGAAACAGCAGAAGCAACAACAACAGCAGCAGCACAUCUACGCCGUGUAUGCCUUCCAUACAGGGUUUCUGCCCGAAGACCAGUCUGUGGUAGAGCUGCACUUUCAGGACUUCGAUUCUCCAGUUCCUCUCCCGCAGCGCCUGCGGGUGUCACUGAUUUUCGAGCAUGUUGACAGCGUUUUCAGAAGCAGCAGCAGCUGCUGCUGCAGCCCAACAAACAGCACCAGCAGUAGCAACAGCAGCAGCUGCAACAGUGAUGGCACCAGCACAACGUACUGCAGCACUACAUGCACAGCAACCAAGUCCGAUCCACCGCCAAUCCAAGUGGGGCUGGCAGAUGCUGUUGCUGCAGACCUUUCGCCAACAGCAGCAGCAGCAAUAGGUGCUGCUGCUGCUCCGACGGAAACGGGGCCACCUGAGAGAGAGGCUAUUCCAGGCAGCAGCAACACGCCUAGUAGCAGCAACAGGCCUCCGCCCAGCAAAUCUCUUGUUGGUGGAAUCGUAUGCUCGUUGCUGCGUUGGCAGCAUCCGAGAGACCACCCUGCAGAGCAGCAGACGCGACAACAGCAGCUGCACCAGCAACUGCCUCACCACGAGCCGCAGCCACUAGCAUCUCACCGCCUGAGCACCUGCAGCAGCGUGAGCCUCACAGAGACCUUUGCGCCGCCUCUCCCGGGAUCUGCAGAGGCAGGAGCAGCUGUAGCAGGAGGAGGCUCCGGCCUCUCUGUCGGUGCAGGCACGGGCUCAUUAGCAGCAGCGCUGCAGCGACAUCUCCACAUAACGCGGCGCCCAACGCCAAGCCGGAGAGACUUUGCUGCGCGGCAUUGUCUACAGAUCGAUCCUGCGUUGCAGCCGCAGCUACUGCAGCAGCCGCGACUGCUGCUGAUGCUGGUUGAGGCUUCCGGCUGCAGCAGCGACAGCUGCGCUGUGGCUCUGAAACUGUGCAGCAACAACUUUUGCAUGGCCUUAAGCCUGGUGUCUUAUUACUUUGCUGCUUCCAGCUCUGCUGCUUCUGCUGCGCUGCAUCCGUCGCGCCUGCUGCAGCACGCACUUCCUCCCCCUUGGCUGCAGCAGCAGCACCUCUUGCACCGGCAGGUUUCACACUACUUGCAGCUGCGGCGCCAGGAACAGCAGCAGCAGCAACAGGAAGAGGUGCUGCAGCUGGACUCUUCAUCAUCGCAUAUCACGUAUGCAGCAAACUGUGCAGUGCAGCAACAGCAAGAGCAGCAGCAACAACCACGAAGAGCUUGUCCAUCUUUCGACUGGGAAUCUUGGAGGGAAGGGAUUGUGGGUGGUGCUUUGGGAGGCUCUACUGGGGCCGCUGCACCAGCGCUGCCGGAGCUGCCGCAGCAGCAGCAAUGGAUGUUGCAGCAGCAUCAGUCCCUGCUGCAGCAGCGCCACCCACUCAGCCCCCGUGACCCCAAUCGGAUUGACCUCUUGCCCCUGAGGAAGGAGCAGAGCGGAAGGCCCAGUCCUGCAGAAGCUGCUGCUGCUGCUGCACAUCAGCAACAGCAGCCAGUACACCAGCUAGAGCGCAUCCACCGAACGGCUUCUAUGAACAGUGGGUCUCCCUCUGUAGGUUUUAUCGCGAGAAGCAGCAGCUUCGGGGGCGGUCCCCGGUCGGUGGGUGCAGCGGGGAUGCUGGGAUCUCCUUCUGCUGGUGCAUGUACUGCUGUUGCUGAGGAAGCCGUGGGCGCGGUGUCUUCGUUGGACCCGCAAAUGCUCCAAGGACAGCAGCAGCAGCAGCAUUACCUCCAGCGGCAGCAACAACACGACAAAUCUGCAUGCCCAUUGGAUAUGCAUGUUCCUGUUGAACCUUUAGUGGCCACAGCAGAGACAGCAAGGCCCACAGCAACGGUGUCUGCUACCCAUACCAGUUUGCAUGCAGGUGAGUUGGCGCUGCAUACAAGCCCAGCUGGGGGCAGAUCGGACACUUCACCCAACCCUACUGCUGCUGCUGCUCUCGGGAGCGCGGCUGUCCCCGUAGAUGUGCCUCCCGGUUUAGCACCUCCCGCUCAUGGUGCUACUGCACCUGAAGAUAUUGCAGCAGCAGCUGCUGCUGUGGGAUGUGCUGAGGGGACAGCAGUGCUUGCCGAACGCGAGUUAGCUGGUGGUGGUGCUGCUGAGGUGACGGCUGGCGCAGUUGCAACACCUGUUGCUGCAGCGCUUGCUGCUGCAGCAGGUGCUGCACCAGCUAACCUGGCAGCUGACGUUUCUGAUGUAGGCCAUGCUGCUGUAUUGGGAACUGCCCCAACACCACCUGCACCCGCAGCUGCUGCGUUGUCAUCAUUGCCUUGUCUCCCCUCAGCAGCAGAACAGCAGCAACAGCAGCAACAACAACAGCAACAACAGCAGCAGCAACAACAGCAGCAGCAACAACAGCAGCAGGAGCAGCAGCCAGGGAGGGAUGAGGAACGGGCCCCCUGUGUGAAGAGCUUGAAUGAUGGCUCGUCGGUGGCGGGAGCUCGUGAUGCUUCAGCAGAGGCUGCAGGGGCAGCAACUACAGCAGCAACAGCCACAGGAGCAACAACAGCAGCAGUAGCAGCAACAGCAGCAGCAGGGCCUAUGACUGGGCAGGUCCUUGCUGUGCGGCUCCCCGACGGCCGUCUACUCCAUGUGGCCCUUCCCCCCGACGCUGCUGUUACUGGCACACGCACAACAACCGGCGCUGUCGUGCCUGCAGCAGCAGCAACUGUGUUGCGGGAUGAUGGUGCAGCAGCAGCGGCAGCAGCAGCAACGGGGACAGUACCAACAGCAACGGUUCUCCCGGCGACCUUCGCUGCUGCUCCUACCCAAGCUGCCUCACCUGCUGCUGUGCUGCAGAAGGCCAAGCCACCCGGGCCCCCUCCACGUGGCCUGCGGCCACCUCUGAAGGCGGAGCAUAAAACUGCAGCAACAGGGGCAGCAGCAACAGCAACAGCAGUUAAAGCGGCUCCUCCACGACCCAAAGGCAAGGCUCCGGGGCCCCCACCUCCAGGUCGCCCACCUGCAGCAGUAGCAUCGAAAGCAGCAGCAACAACGCCAUCAGCAGCUGCAUCAACAACCGGUACCAAAGCCAGGGCCCCGGGACCCCCUCCUGCUGGGACACCACCGAAGAAGGGCCCCCCAGCAGGGCGUCGGCCUCCACCUCCUAAGGCAGUAGCAGCAGCAAAGGAGAAGUCUGCUGCACCUGAAGCAGCGCUUCCAUUAGGUCGAAAGAUUCACUGGAAAGCCCUCACGGGGGACAAAAUUCACGGUACGGUGUUCAGUGAGAUGCCUGCCGUGGGGCCCUUGGGACCCUCUGCCUUUGUAGACGGCGCAGCCCUCAGCCGCCUCUUCUCCCGCACGCAGCCACCAGCAGCAGCUGCUGCUGCAGCAAAACACCCCACCAAAAGGCCGCAACUGCAACAAACCAAAUUUAUAUCAAGCAAAAGAGCACAAAACGUCGCCAUUGUCCUCGCAAGGCUGUCUCUGUCCACGGAGGAAGCAGCACAGCGGCUCCAGCGGCUCGAUAGCAGCGGGUUGUCUCUCGAGCUGCUUGAUCGGCUUGAGCAGGUGUGCCCUUUGCCUGAGGAGCUUGAGAGUUUCCAGUCUUAUUUACAGCAGCAACAACAACAAAAACAGCAGCAGGAUCGGCAGGAGGUGCCUGAGAGCGUUGCAGGCGGAGUCGCGAGUUCUUUCCCCCCGCUGCGGGAUGUGGAAGCAGCAAUGCUGCCUCUGGCUCGACUUCCUGCUGUUUCAUCUCGCCUUCGAAUUCUUCGCUUUGAUCUGUUGGCCCCUAAAACGAUCCAAGAGUUGGAUGAUGCCCUCGACCUAGUCGACAAAGCUGCCGAGCAGGGGCGUAGCAGCCGCAAGUUCCGCGUGCUGCUACAGGCGGUGCUGCAGUGGGGAAAUUAUGUGAACCACGGGGUGCGGCUGGCUGCAGCAUCGGAGGAGCCUCAGGCCUCCGAGGGUGCAGCAGCAGCAGCAAAAGCAGCAGCAAAUGCUGCUUCUGUCGAAUGUCUGCCCACGCGGGGCUUCGCGCUCACUUCUCUCUUAAAACUGAUGGAGUUCAGGAGUACAGUAGACAGCCGCCUUAGCUCCUUGCACUACAUCCUUGUCAAUCUGAUGGCCUCCCUACCGGAUUUGCAAUUGGAGCGGCUCCCGGAGGAAAUGCCGCUGGUGGAAGAAGCGGCUCGCCUGACGGACGAGGCUUUGGAUGCUGCUGCUGCGUUGCUGCAGCGCGAGACGCAGUUCUUGCUGCAGCAGAUUCAGCUAAAAGGGAAGGCUAAGGGGGGUCCCUGGGGUCCCCCGGAGCUCGAACGCCUGCGGCGCCUCCACGGCGAAACGGUGCUGGGAUUUGAGCGCGUGCGGCAGCGAUAUGCAGCAAGCAAGGAGCGGGUGAUGGAACUCGCCCGGUUUUAUGGGGAGGAGCCGCAGCGUCUCAGUAGUGCUGCUGCUGCUGCUGCAGCAGCAGCAGCAGGAGAGGGCUGGGGAGGAAUAAUGCAGGCGUCGCCCUUCUCCACGCUGGCUGCUAUUCUUGUUACCUUCAAACAAACGCUGAGAGACAUUCAGCAGCACCCGAAGCGUUACGCUGUGCUUCUCGCCACCAACAGCAGCAGCAACAGCGGCAGCGGUAGCGGUAGCGGGGAAGGGAGAAGCAGCAAAAAGGCAGUACCAGGCCACGGGGGAAAUGGUGUGCCCGCCAGUGCUGCUGCAGAAAAUAAGAGAGAUGGCGAAUCUUCUCCGUCUGUAGGCAAGGCUUCUGCUGCAACAGCAGCAGAAUCAGAAGCAGCAACAGAGCAAUGCUCCGGAGUGCAAGGCCAACUGUUGCGCAAACGCAGUGGACCGGUUUCAUGCGCUUCUGCCGCUGCGUCUGCAGCUGCUUGUGGGGGUAUUGGCAAGGCCGAGAGAAGCCAGCGGGUCUCCCGCCUGUCCCCUGAUGAACAACGCCUCCAGUUGCCGAAGCGCAGCUCGAGCUGCUUUGCACUUGCCUCUUCUCUCCAACGGCGUCUUCCCCAACAGCAGAAGCAGCAAAACCAGCGAGUAGUGGCUGCAGAGCAACAAGGGAGCAGUGUUGUUCAGCAACCCCACCAGCACAGCGUCGCAGUAGCGGUGCGGUUGCCUUCUGGGGCCCCUCUUAAGGUGAGCCGUGCGGCUGCUGCAGAUAAGGCCAUCGACUGCUUCCGCGGCACCUCUGCUGGAGCAGAAGCAGCAGCAGCUGCUGCUGCUGCUGGCAGUCGGGCGUCACUACGUGCACUUAUUGAUGAGCCGUCGUUCCCUGCUUUGGAUAUAGCUGCCUCCAUUAACAAGGCGCUUUUCGCUCAAGAUAUACGCGGCGACGACACACAGAGAAAGACUGCAGCACCAGCGGCAACGGCAGGAGCUGCAACAAGAGCAGCAGGAAGUGUACCCACGGCACCUGUGGCCGAGGCCCACCAGGGGUCUAUCGCAGAACAAACGUCAAUGCAUUCUGCGGGUGCUGUUGCAGAACAGCCAGGCAACCGCCCGCAGCUGAGGCAGCAGCUGCAAUUGCAGCAGUCGGCGCCUACGUCGGCAAGUGGGCCAUUUUUUCCUCCUCGCGUGGUGCCGAGGCACCUGAAGCAGCAGCAGCAACAACAGCAGGGAGUGCCUCCGCGUUCAAAGGUACCACUGGUGCUGAGGCCACGGCUACCGCCCCCAAAAUAUGAGCGGAGCGAACAGCCGAGUGGCCCACGUCUCAAAGGUGGGCAUCGGCUUGUUGAGUCAGGAGCGCAACAACAGGAGCAACAGUUGCAGCAGCAGGAGCAACAGCCACAGGAGGAGCAGUUGGAGCAGUAG